AUGGAAGAGGAUGUGCAAGACAGGAGGAGUGAAGGUCAGUGGUGGUGUACGGAGAAUAAAAAGAUUUGAGUUAUCCUAUCAAUUGUUCGGUUCUUGUCUACCUACAAACCCGCAGGAAGUUACAAUGGUAUAUUCUCAGCAACAAAACCCAAGAAGGGAAGUUUAAAUUAUAAUUAUGACCGGAAAUCACAACUCAUUGGGCUAACUGGUGAUGAACACUGAAGAUGUUCAUAUCCUACAGAAUCAUAUCAAAUUAAAUAUACAAGCAGCAUGUAAACACAGUUACCAUUUGAAGUGAAUAAUAUGUCUAUGGAGAUAUAUGGAAUUUACACACUCAUAGGAACUGUCUAUGACCCCUAUAAAAAUAUGAGUUGGAGACACACAAAGCCAAUACAAAUUCAAACACCUGUUACAUUUCCUCUCUUUAACCCUUUCACUUCCAGGAGUGAAUGAUAAGUAAUUUCUCCUUACGAUAUAAAUACAUUUUCAAGCAGAAAGAUGAUGAGCAGAAAGAAAAACAUCAACCUGGGGAUAUUUUCUGUUGUAUUUUCAGUGGUUCUUGUUGCUCACUUCCACCAAAUUCUCCACCAUCAGCAUGAUCUGGUAGGAAAUACCCAACAUCAAAAUCAUCAUGUAACAAACAAUAAUUAUGAAGGACACAAGCAGCUGAUAUUAUUUGCACUGCUAUGACUAAAUCAAGGCAAUCAAGAUAUCAAAGCUUUCGCCAUCUUCCUUUGAGAAGAGAGGUCUCUCCACUUUCAGGUGUACAAAGAAAGGGCUUUGUUAAACUGCCUCUGUCUUCAUGUCAAAUGACCAAUAUCAUUAGAAUUCUUCUGUUGUGUAUUAUUUCUUAAGAGAACUUGCACAUUUCCCUAGUCAUCCAGAAGUGGUUUUUGAACUCCCACAGCAAAUGCAGGUGACCUCAAAUUCUGGUUGGAUGCCUUCCAUUUGACCAGCGAAAAUUCCAAACAUUUGGAUAGAGGGCAUGGGGGAUGAAACUGGGUAUCCUGACAAAACUAAACACAAUAUCUGUCUUUAUAUCUAUGGUGGACCACUCUCUGUUAAACAGGGUGAGACUGAACAUCCUGGUAGGCAAUCAACUCAUCUGUCAAAAGAUACAAGGUGGACUUUGGCCAGUCAGUGCAUUAUGUCAUGCACUACACAAAGAGCAAAGAUAAACAAACCUAUCAUCUGGUCAGUCACUGCAAAAGAUACUGGAGUCAGUUUGUCUUGGCCUGUCCGUGCCAUUGGUAACACUUCUAUCUGCCAAGAAUGUGCUGCUGGUCCAGCAAAAGCUAGUUAGUGGUACUUAAAUACUUUGCGAGCAGUUUCAUGAAGUUGUCAGUCAAAAAACAACUCAUACCUGCUCAGAUGUCACCCAGGUUAACAAAAUCCGCACUGAUCUGUCCUCACUCCAACAAGCAUCAAAAAGUAUGCUAGGAACAGGCAAAAGGAGAUGAAUACAGCAGCCUUAUGCAUAGUAGAAUGGAAUGUACGCACUCCAAUGUACAGACCAACAUCACAGACUGUGUUUGUGGCCUUGGAAAUGAACAGGUACAAUGUUGAAUGUUGACAUAGCUAAGCUUUGUGAAACAAGAUUGCUAAGAUAUGACAGCUUGGAAGAUCAUAGGUACAUUUUCUUUUGGAGCAGGAAACCAACUCAAGAAGGAGAGAAGCAGGAGUGGGCUUUGCAGUUAGAAAGCAGAUGGCAGCAAAGCUUGAUGAGGAACCAGUGCCAAUCAAUGACUGGAUAAUGACUAUGAUACUGCCACUUAAGUGGAAGAUGUAUGUCACUUUCAUCAGUGUGUACGCCCCAACAAUGACCAACACAGAGGAGGCAAAGGAAGAGUUCUACAGUGACCUAUCACAGACAAUCAGGCAGGAACAGGAUCUUGGAUACACCUAAGAUCCAAGCACUGGCACUUGUUAGACUACUUCAUUGUAAGACAGAGGGACGUACCCUGCAGACACAUUUUUUCUCUCUCUUUCCACUUUAACAUUACCAGUGUAACAGAUACAACAAUUACAAAUUCUGAUAUCCCUCUUGAUUUUGACCUCCCAAUACUUAAUUACAAUUUUGAGUACGUACCUACCCCUCUCUCCACUCGGGGUGUGGGUAUGUAUAUUGAUAACGGUUUCAAGUAUAUCGUUGUUGAAAGAACUUGAUGAAGCCUCUCAGGCUUUGUGGAUUACUAUUCAUUUUACUAACAAAAGAGAUAUUAUCUGUAGAGUAAUUAAUAAAUUCUUAACUUAUUUUCAUGAAACUCUAGAGAGGCUUUCCACUUCAGGUAAAUCGAUUUAUAUAAUGACUGAUGCCAACAUAAACCUCCUUCAUUAUGAAACUUGUAAAUAGUCAAAGCUUUUUAGCAUACUCCUCAAAGCCUUUGUUUCACUCCAACACUAAACAAACCCACACGGAUUCACAAGUCAGAAGAAUCAGUCAGAAGACUGACAAAUGCCAGCAUAAACCACCUCCAUCACAAAACUUGUAAAUAUGCUCAGUUUUUUAGCAUAUUCUUCAGUCUUUGUUUCACUCCAAAAUUAAACAAACCCACAAGAAUUCACGAGUCACAAGACUGAACGAGUCAGAAAAGUAAGUUUCUUUAGCUUGACACAUAGAUUGAGUAAUGUCAUUCCACUGUCUUUUGUACUCCAACCACUAGGUGGGUCACUUAAAGGCUACGGCUAAUUUAAAAAGCUUAACUCUCCUGUUCAUCUUUAGGCGUAUUUCAUUUGUUAUCCACAGUGGUGCCUGGCUUUUGAUCUUCACUUCCUUCCAAGGAGCGUGUUCAUCACAGAUAUCAUUAAACAGAGACUACCAGGCCCACAGAACAUCAUCCAUAUCCUCAAAACAUCUGGUAGCAUGAAAUGGUGUGUUAACAAGGUCAGAUUUGAAGCUCUUUCCAUCAGAGUUCUUAUAAUUCCAUAUUUUGAUGACUCAUGGAGGUGGCCUUUUGUGUCUUAGACGUAAAGUGGCAUAAAUGAAAUCAAGGUUAGAAAUACCAAGUGGAAAUACUCCCGUGGAGCUUACCAAAUCCCUAUGGGUUGUGACAAUGAGAUCAGUCAGCAAAGAUGAUUCAAUUGUAGUUCUUGUCGGUUUAGAGAUUAUUUUUUGCAUAUUGAAAUUAUCUAAAAUGGUUUGCAGCAUAUUACUAUAUGCUGUAUCACUAGAGUCAUCGUAGUCACAAUUCAGGUCUCUCAGCAGAAAAAUGUCAGAAGAUUUUAAAUAUGACCUCUCCAAAGUAGAAUAAGCUAAAUAACUUACUGCCAACAUCAACGCAUCUGCAACCUAACUCUGGAGAACAAAGAGGUACCACUUUUGUCUCAGGUUGUCUUAAACAGGGAAGCAGUAUCCAGGAAGAUUAACUCAUUGCAAGUGAAAAAUUCUGCUGGACCAGACAAUAUUCAUCCAAAGUUAUUAAGAGUGGCUGGAGACACAGUAAUCCCAUCUUUAGUCAGCUUGUACCAGCACAGUAUUGAUCGUGAAACUGUGUUUUUGCAAUGGAAAGUGGCAAGGAUUACGCCAGUACACAAAAAGGACAAUGAGACAGAUAUCGCCAACUACAGACCAGUCUCGCUUCUGAGCAUACCAAGCAAGAAACUUGAAGAACUUGUGAAUGACUUAGUCGAUCAUGUUUUCACAGCUAACGACCUUGCUGCAGUCAGACAGUGGGCAUACCACAAAGGAUAUUCUACUGAGUUAAAACUAACACAGCUGACUGAGCUGUGGAGAAAAGAGCUUGAUAAGGGAAAAGCCAUCGUAAUUGCAUUUAUAGACUUCAAGAAAGCCUUUGAUUGUGUUCAGCACUCUUUCCUGAAACAGAGUUACAGCACAAUUUUGGUGUCUCUGGUCCAUUGCUAAACUGGUUAAACAGUUAUCUAAGUGACAGAACAGUUCACUGUGGUCAACAUCACCGAAUCUGGGACCCAGUCAGUUCAAGUUGGAGUCCCACAGGGCUCAGUAUUAGGACCGACAUUAUUUGCGAUAUUUUCCAGCGACCUUCCAUCCUCUGUGGCUUCAGGAGAGACAUACAUGUACGCUGAUGACAUCACAGUAUACUGCGUUGGGAACAAUGAGGAUAUAGCAGUUUCACUAUUAAACAGAGUGUUAGCAGAGCUGUAUGAGUGAUGUCUCAUAAACAGGCUAUGCUUACGACUAGGUCUAAUUAUAUCGGACCUAUUCCUCCUGUUUCUAUCAGGGGCUCCUUGAUAACAUGGGUUGAAAAUCACGCUUACUAG